AUGCUCCGAGAGAAUAAGAAGUACAAAGCCAUAGCAUCUCAAUAUGGGCCUAACGGGGACAGUCGCAGGAAGCACGUUGCGGCGCAGGAGACCCAUUCGACUUGGAUCACCUGGUUCGCCACAGGUGAGGGAAGGUCAGAACAAGUGCCACGACCAAAGUCGAUGAUUGCUGCGGAGCUGAACAACGAAUCAGCCACAUUAGCAAUGGGACAGCAUGCAUUCCCAGAGACACUGUUGGAUGAUCGUCGUAUGAAGAUGUCAAAGCUCAAUGAAGAGAAUGAGAUGCGGUGUGUAGAAACGCCGCCGUUGCCGCUUCGGGAAUGGCGUCUGCCUCGCCGCUUUUGCGCCAUCACACGCCGCUCCAACGCCGUCUUGGCAAGGUCGAUUAAAAGGGCUCACGUAUAA